AUGGAUGAAGCUGGAAAAAUCGUUUUCAUAACAGAUCCGCCUAAUUACCUUGAUCCGCAGUUUGGCGGAUACAUACAACAGGAGGUACCAGUUACUCUUGAAGAUGAUGUGGACUGGUCAGAAAUUAAGGAUUUGCGUGUGGAAAACGAAUCUAUGGAAGUAGUUAGCUGGUGUUCAAAAGCUGAUCUUAUCGCUGAGGCCAACGAGGCUAAUUACAACGUUCAAAGGUCAAGCCUACCGAGGCCGACUGCGGACUGUAUAUUUCAUGACAUUUCCAUAUCUGCUGGGAAAAAGUUAACCGGAAGACUCAAUUUCAGUAUCGGCCGUGACCAUACUACGCUAUUCUUGGGGCGGCACUACCUAACUAAGCUUAAGUGGAUUCAUACUAAAUAUGUUGUGCUUUGGGACGAAAGAUAUAAGCGCGGUUGGCUCGUUAAUGGGACUACCGCCUUAUUACACCUCUCGCGAGCAGCUCUAAAGCGUGAACAAGGGGGCUCGUCGGAGUCUUCACUGCUCUAUAAACCUGGAUCUCUGGAAGAAGCUACUGACAGA